AUGAAAAAUUUUCUUGAAAAACACAUCAGCAAUGAUUACAGUAUCCGAAUGAAUAAUGUGUCAUAGAAUCAUGAUUAUCAAUUAAACCAAUACAAAUGUUCUUCUCCUAUGAUAUUUGGUAAUAGAUUUGCAUCACCUUCGCCAUUCAGAUCAGUUACUCCUAUUUAAGGAUAAUUGUCUCCUGCAAAUCAAUCUCGCAGAGAAAGUGCUUUUUCAAGAAACUCUGACAACUAUGAUUUUUCAGUUAAAGAAAAAUCAAAAAUUGUAAAUAAGGUCAUUACUUAACAAAUCCAAAAGCAACAAGAAUAUUAAGAUGAAGACGAAUACAACAUUGAUUUCUUUUUCGAUAAAGAGCAAAUCAUACUUGAAGAGUAAGAACUCUUACAUGCAAAACUUAGAAUGAUUCGAGAUGAUUUCAACUUCAAAAUCUAACAAAUGGAAGAUUUUUUAAGAGAAUACCUGAGAGAAAGAUAAUCGAUUUUACAAAAUCUUUCAAUUUCUAUUAAAGAAGAACAAGACAGAUUCAAUGAGUAAUCAAAACAAAACAAAAGGAAGAAUAAAUAGAAUGAAAUCCAUGCAAGAACUGACUCCUUAAAUAAGCACGAUUCUAAAGGGGAUUCAUAAACAAUCUAAUAAGAAAUAUUCAGGGCUGCUACUUCUAUAAAAGAAUAGAGAGGAGAUUAAAAUCUUGAAAGGAGAGAUGCCAUUGACAUCAGACGUGAAUCUCGUCAUGAAUCUAUCAAUGAUUAUAGUUCUCAUCAUAGAAGAGAAUCAUCAUAUAAAACAGUCAAAUUGAGAGAAUCCAGAGUUAAAAGAGAGGAAUCUCUGAAAGGUGACUCUGUUAAAGAUGAAUAACCAUUGAAAAGCGCAUUAAAAAAGAAAGAUUCCAAUAGACAAACAUAAAAUUGUUAGGAUGAUUCUUAAGAUGAUUGGAAAUUUAUUAAGGAGGCAAAAAAUAAUUUAGAAAAACAAAAAACUCAAUUAGAUGAUAAAUAAUCUCCUAAUAAAGUUAGAUUUGUUAAUUAAGAGAAAUCUUGUAAAAAACAAUAGGAUAAGAUGGUUAAGUCAAAAUAUUUAAAUGAUAUAGACAUUUUUUUAAAAUGUAGAUAUUGA